GUCUGCUUCUAUCACAACACGCUCCGUAGGUCCAGCCUGAGACUUGUACCUUAUUUCCAUCAAUCUAGACGCCAACUUUUUGUCGCCAUUCUGAUAUGAGGCUAGUCCCACCUACGUAAGGGUCGUGUUCUUGUCUCAAUCUGCCAGUGGGAUCAUUUGAGGGUCCAAGUUUAUCGCUCAAGCGUUCAUGUAUAGCUUCAGGUUGCAUGUAGGUAUCGAUUUGGGGUGUGCUAUUUGCGCCUCAACCUGUUUGGAAAUUCAGGCAGAGCGCUGGCUCGACGAUAUAAGGAUAACAUCCUAGCUUGCGGAGUCGCUUCAAGCUCGAGGCAUUCCUGAAUCCUUUGUACCGUUGACACAGCUCAAGUCUAAUCCCCAGCCUUUCAUACAACCACUUCAUCAUCACAAGUUGCUCUUGUUCAACAGACCAUGUUGGACUUACUCUCAAAAGAUCGAAUAGUCAACGAGGCAGGCCUCAGAACCGCCUUGCAUCAUCUGGACACAAUCGUUUCAAGUUCAGGAGCAACCGCAUUACAAGUUACGGUCAAGCAUAUGUUGUCGUCACCCUAUGUUUUUGCAUAUAUUAUUUCUGUUUGGGAUCGCCGUGAGGCAAUGAUCUCACAGAUCAUGACAGAUUUUCCAAGGAGACCCCAAGAAUAUCCAACAUCCGUUGCGAGAACGAUGCUAGACAACCUGUCUAUGUACUUUCUAGCUUUUCCAGCUGAGUCUCUAGCGACGGAUGUCUCUAGGGACAUCACCCGUCACAGAGGCUUCGUCGAGGACGCUUUACCUGUACUUUGCGCGUUGACCACUAUGAAAUUUUCUGGUGCAGGAUCGUUUGAUGACGAGAUUGGUGUUUGCGACGAAUCUGAUGACGGAUUCGUCAAGAAGAAAGUGCCUCAGAAAAUGCGCAAGCGCAAUCGCCCGAAAGCUCAUACGUCUAUCGACGCAUCUCUCUUCCUGAGGCUUGAUGUGGCUAUGCCUCUCACGAACGAGGCUGCCGCAUCAUUGUCUACUCACAUUCUUACGAAGCUGAAAAAUGCUCUCUUGGUGACUCUCCGUAAGUUCUAUCUCUCGCUUCUGCGGAGGACGGAAUUGGCAGGCGACAUUAAAGCCUUACUCCUCCCAAACGUGGGCGAGUCUGCCAAAGAUGUUGCGCCUGAGGUUUCGUCAACCGAGGAUGUUGAGAGCCCAACAACCCGACCCAAAGCGUACCAAAUGGUGCAGCCUAUGAAGGCCGCGCUUUACUUUGAGAACGCGGACGGGUUUGGAGAGUGGCGAAUCCUCAUAUCUACGGAGGCCUACAAAAAUUUGCGUGAAUUGCGUGAAUCAGAAAAGAAGAUAUUCAAGAUCAUCGUCGGGAAGAUCAAAGAACUAUCGAAUGGUCAUUUUUCAGACGAUAAUCACAAGCGACUCAACGGGCCGGAUGCAGGCAUACCCAUCUACGAUGCCAAGAUCACAAAGGACCUACAAUUGGUGUACCAAAUUGAUUGUGUUCCUGACCAGGACGGAAAGAUAUACGGUAUUUAUACGCAUGCACAACCUGGCAACAUAUGGGAUGCCUUGGGUAGCCAUCUCGCAUGCAAGGGCAGAGAAUAUCGUAGAAGGUGUAUCUUUCGGAAUAGACCUGUCCUUUCUAAAGACGGCGUGAUUCUGCCUGCAUCAUUCCCAUCAGCUGAACCCGAGCCAGAAUGCUCAGGAGGCCCACUUAAUUUUAGUGAUAAGGAUAUGGACCGAGUUGAUUUGGAGAAAUAUGUCACAUUCUCGCAAGCGUUCCUGCAUAGUCUUAUCGCAAACCAAGACGUACAGCACGUCUUUAUGCUCACACCCCAAGAACAAAAGAUUGUCGAGUGUACCGCGUCAUGUUACGUUUUGGGUCGCAGCGGCACGGGAAAAACCACGACGAUGCUGUUCAAGAUUCUCGGCAUUCAGCGAGCUUGGGAGAUGAGUGCCACCGACAUGCCGAAGCCACGCCAGAUCUUCGUCACCAAAUCCAGAGUGCUUGCUACGAAAGUAGAAGAGUAUUUCGCGAAGCUUCUCGAAUCUCUGGCAUUAGCAGGCUAUACCCUGGAGGAACUUGCAAAAACGAAGGCACGAAGUGCUCAGGAGGGCCUUGUUGAUCUCGACGACCUGCCCGAAUCACAGAUGAAUAUACCGAUGAGGUACAGCGGACUUGAGGAUAAACACUUUCCUCUUUUUCUAACUUUCGAUCGACUGGCGAAAAUGAUCGCGGCAGAUGUCUUGGACGAGAAAGAUAGUGCAGGAGCUUUCUUCAAUGUCGACGAUGCUGACGCGCAUGACUGUUUCGUCACCUAUGACGUGUUCGCAAAUCAAUACUGGCCUCAUUUUCCACAGAAUCUCAGCAAGAAUCUCAAUCCGUGGUUGGUUUUCAGCGAAUUCAUGGGAAUCAUCAAAGGCUCCGAACACGCAUUGACCUGUCCUGAAAGAGUUCUCGAUCGCCCAACCUACCUCCUUCUUCCUCAUCGUUCUAACCCAAAUUUUGCGAAUCAGAGGGGAAUUCUGUACGACAUGUUCGAGUAUUAUACGAAAAUCAAGAGGCAGCGACGUCAUCAUGAUGUCGCAGACCGCACGCAUGCAAUACUCCAUGUCUUCAGGAGCAAGAAGUUCCCUGUCCAACAGAUCGAUUAUUUGUAUGUCGACGAAGCACAAGACAACCUUCUGAUCGACGCACUCUUUUUAAGGCAAUUAUGCAAGAAUCCAGACGGUUUGUUCUGGGCCGGGGACACCGCACAGACGAUUUCUGCAGGGAGUUCCUUCAGAUUUGAUGAUCUGAAAGCGUUUCUCUACCGUGUUGAGCAGCAGCAGCAAAAUAUCUCGGUCAAUUCCGCUGGAGCGUGUCUUCGUCAGCCUGCGAUGUUUCAAUUGGCGAUCAACUACAGAUCGCACGGUGGAAUCGUCAACUGCGCAAGUUCUGUGAUCGAACUCAUCACAAAGUUUUGGCCCAACACAAUCGAUAAUCUUCGGCCAGAAAAGGGGGUGGUUGACGGGCUGAAGCCUGUAUUUUUUACUGGUUGGGAUAAAGACGCCGUUGAUUAUAAACAGUUCCUGUUUGGGGAGAGCGGCAAGCACAUUGAGUUCGGAGCCGAGCAAUGCAUUCUCGUGCGUGACGAUGCAGCACGUCAGAAGUUACGAGACCAAGUUGGUCAAAUUGGACUAAUUAUGACGCUUUAUGAGAGCAAAGGCCUAGAAUUUAAUGAUGUGCUGCUGUACAACUUUUUCGAGGAUUCUGCUGUAGAUCUCUCGCGAUGGCGCGUGGUUCUCAACGGGGUAGACGGUCAAGGAUAUGCACCGAACUUUGAACGAGACGAGGCGCGAUACGCUGGGGUUUGUAGCGAGCUCAAACUUCUUUAUGUGGGGAUCACUCGAGCAAGGAAGAACAUAUGGAUUGUUGACAAAUCUGACAGAUCGGAGCCGAUGCGUAUAUUCUGGACGUCUCGCAAUCAGAUCCAGAAUUGUACCCCCGGCACAGAUGUCCCUCAUCUAGCCGUCUCCUCGACUGCGGAAGAAUGGGCGUCCUUCGGGCGCUCACUAUUCUCGCACAAGCGCUACUCGCAGGCUAUUCACUGCUUCGAACGUGCCAACCUUCAUCGUGAAGCGAAGGUUUGUGAAGCAUAUGAACUACGAGAAGUCGCACGUUCUAGUGUCGGAGCGCCCUCACUCAGCGACCAAAAAAGAGCUUUUAACGUGGCCGCCGAUGCCUUUACUGAUUGCGCGGCGACCGCGACAGGAAACCAGAAGCUCCAGUAUUAUCGUAACUCGGCGGGUUGCUACGUUCGAGCAGGGAAUGAUCUCAAAGCUGCUAAGGCCUAUCUCAAUGCUCAAGAGUUCGAGCAAGCAGCGAAAAGGUAUCGCAAGGCUGGACGGUUCGACAAGACCCUCCAUGUCCUUAAUGACCAUGGCACGGAUAUACCUGAAGAGACCAAGACGGAGUUAUGGACUGUGUGCAGACUGUUUUACUGCAGCAGAAGCAACGCUCAGCCCCCCUUGCCCCUCUUCUCGACAUUUGAUGAGGAACUCGAAUUUCUGGAGGACUAUGAUCUCGAUGACGCUCGUGCCUCACUGCUCGAAUCUCACUCGAGGUACUAUGAGGUCGCAGAGCUCCACUUGUCAGAGAAUAGGCCCUUGGAAGCUGUCCGGGCAUUCAUCAAGGACGAAAGCAACGUCGAUUCUACUGUCCGUGCGGCCGAUACUAUAUUGGAAUACUUUUGGCGCAAAUGUUCCUUCAGAAUCACUGUAAAAUCCAAUGCUGAACCGAUGCAGCAUUUCAUAGCUCUUGCUGAUCAACUAGAGACGAACACACUAACGCCGACCACACGUGAUCUAAUAUCGAUGUUUCAAAACAUAUUGCGCAAAAAUCACGAGCCGUUGAGAAAUCUUGCGCUUGGCUUCCAUCAACAGAACAACCAGCCAGCAGCUCUCCUUUGCCUGGACCAUGUAUUCUCUCGAACCAUAGAUAUUCGAGCUUUUACGGUCGAUGAAAUGCGACGGUUCCUUCAACAGUUUCACGCCUAUGCGCGACUGCUCUAUCUAAUUUCGACCUUCCCCGACCCCAUGGAGCAUAGGGGUAUCCGGAGACUAUUCUCCAUCGUGCGGUUGUCCGGGGACAAGUUUCUCAUACCAAAUGGAACGUUCCUCCACAACAAAAUGAUGGAAGUCCGGCAGGGCAUCACCUGGGUAUCGGAAAGUCCGUCCGGGUAUACAGCUUCUCGUAGUAACGUCACCCAGCUGCUACAACGAUCCUUUCGAACGAUCCUGAAAGACAAAGUGUCGGAGAUCGAUGCUAUGUGUUGCAGAUCUCCCGUUUUCUCGCAAUGCCUGCAAUUCUUGAUAUCCGGAGUGUGUGGAAAAGAUAGCUGUCCUCAAGAGCAUGUUGCGGUAUCGAAAUUGGAUCGCCAGUAUUACAACAACCGCGUUGCCAUCCACAUCUGGCAUAUUCUGAUCUUGCAAUUCAUGUAUUCCGCUCACCCAUACAUUGACCGAAGCAAAAGCAUGAGGGACUGGCUCAAGCAUCUCUACGAGGCUAUCAAUCCACCCUUAUUCAUUCAAGGUUCCCCCGCGGACCUUGACCUAAGCCUGAUGCCUCUUCGUUUAGAUGGCAUGAAAGUGGUGAAGCUCUGGAUCUGCGAAUCCUUCUACUCGCUCCACCCAUUCCAUACUCAGGCUGAAUUUUUGACGGCAUUGAUGGGAAUAACUAGUUUAAGUUUUGCUUUUGACAGGGACAAUGCACUUGCCUAUAUCUCCCGAGCAAAAUGUACGAUCUCCGGACCAUUAGAACUCUUUCGCAAGAGGGACAAUCGCUAUAUGGUCCUUGAACUGCUUAGUUCUUCCCGAGGAGCUUCCCGUGGCAGCAUCUCAUCGGGAAUUAUGUAUCUUCUGCAUGUUCUCGAUAAUCGUUUAUAUGCCAACCUCUCGGUGUUGUGCGACUGUAUCGAGGACGUCUGCGGUGCUUUUAUAAUCAACUGGCGAAUUGACCCACACUUGAAUGAGUUUCCCCUUCACAACGCCGUGCUUCCAUGUAACUGGCUGCUGUUUCCCCACAAGUUCACUACGGAGAAAAAAACCAACCUGUUUUUGAUGGGCGAGCUUCUAGAUGAGAUAGCGAGGCUGGUCGAAGCAUUGCGCGUAGAAGCCGGCAUGGAUUUCCUCUGGCUGAACUACGCGAAAUUUACGCCCAUUCUGCGUAAUGUUUUCAUUUCCCGGAUCUGCAGGGUUCUCUGCCUCAUCGCCCAUAACAUCAGCAAUCGCACCUUGAGAAGCAAAGUAGACAAUAUCAUUCUUUCUCUACACACAAACGACCCUCCUUCGAAUGGGCAUCCAGUUAAUUAUCGGAAGCUCGUGGAUGACGUGGUUAGGUACACGACACCCUUGCCAGGAUUGGCACCACCCCCAGACGGUUACCUGCGAGCUCUCCUGGUUUUCGACGACAAUAAAGGAGUGGGCAACCUGGUGCAUCUUGUCCACAAAACGAUGAACCAGUGUGCCCGAGUCUAUAUAGUCCGACAGCUCGUAUACGAGAAGACCAUCGAGAUCCCCCAGCUUCUUUCAUCGUACACAGUGAUCACACAGCCUGCCAUGAUAGUAGAGGCCCCUACCUCCGCACGUCGCGUAAAACAUCCCAAGAACCUACCAGAGGUUACGCGGCACAAUGAGAAAGAGAUGACGGAGCCGCAACCUCAAGAGUUUGAAGGAGAAGAAGAGAGAGAGGAAGAUGUCACGGCGAAUGCUGAUACCGAGACCCGUCAGGUAUCGGAGACUUUGGAUGAGGCGGCGACGUUGCUUGCACCUGAUCUUGACGAGUCGCUACCCACCAACGGACCAUCGGUGGAGGAGCAAGAGGCAGCUUGCAAUAUUCAAAACGUAUACCGCCGUUACGUCAGACGCCGCUCGAGUCGUGCAGUCAAUGCCGAAAUCGAUGCGAUAUUCAUGGCAUGCCUGAAGCAGACGCAGUCCCCUGAAUGGCGUCCGGGUUAUUACAGCCUGCUUUUCCUUGGACCGUUGCCUCACCUCCUGGUGUGCUUGGAACGAGGCAUUGCUCUGACUCACGCUGCCAAAACGAAGACGAAAGUCCUUUUCAACAAGGAGUCUCAUGAAAAGCUUGAAGAGUUGGGCAAGCAGAGAAGCGGGAUAGCAACGCUCCUCAAGAAGGGAUCUAAACUGCGCAAGCAGCUAGAACCUUCCUCAUCCACUCAUCGUGCCCGUGACAUUGAUGCACUCAGAUCUGGAGUUCUAGAGGUCGAGGAAUUCAUGCAGGGGGUUCCGAGCAGCAUGAAAGAUAUGCAAUCCGACUUUCAAAUAGCCUAUAAGGGCAUUGUCACAAAGAAGGUUCAUGCGGGAGAGAAAAAGAAACCCCCUCUCAAUGUCGAGAAACGGGCACAGCUGGGGGGUGAUCUAACCCGAAACAUCAAAAAUCACCUGAGGAUUGGAAGACGAAAGCAAGAUAGAGAGGCAUUAAGAAUGAGACUCCCGGCUGAGACGAUGGACCUUUGA